UUAUAUAACUGCCAUUCUCCCCCUUUCUUUACACCCCGCCCCCGUCCUUCCAAGCGAGCAGAGAGCCAGAAAAGAAGCAAACUCCGAGCGAGGGAGAGAUUGGAGAGAGGGGAAGCUCGCAGAUUUGUCUUCGAAUCUGCGAUUCUCGAAUUCCAAUCUGCAAAACCUAAACCCCAUCGUCCCUUCUUCUUCUUCUCCCUCUCUCUCUCUCUCUGCACCCCGGCCGAAACAAAUUUGCUUCGAUCGUCGGAGGCCGUGGUUUUUGAAUUUCCCGUUCCCGAGAUCCGGUUUGCUAGCUGAUCUUCCGGCGAGUUCCGCGGCGGCGUUUCUUUUCUCGGUUCCUAGUGUCUGAAGGAAGAUGGUGUUCUGGGUCUUCGGCUAUGGCUCGCUGGUGUGGAACCCGGGUUUUGAAUACGAUGAGAAAAUCAUUGGCUACAUCAAGGAUUACAGGCGCGUGUUUGAUCUCGCUUGCAUUGACCAUAGAGGUACACCCGAGCAUCCUGCGAGGACUUGCACAUUAGAGGAUGCUGAAGGAGCAAUUUGCUGGGGUGCUGUUUAUUGCGUUCGCGGCGGUCCAGAAAAGGAAAGAUUGGCUAUGGAGUACUUGGAGAGAAGAGAAUGCGAAUAUGAUAAAAAGACCCUUGUAAGCUUCUACAAGGAGGAUGAUCCCUCUCAACCUGCUAUAACUGAUGUUAUAGUUUUUACUUCCACUCCAGACAAAGUAUCAAACAAGUACUACCUUGGCCCUGCUCCUUUGGAGGAAAUGGCUUUGCAAAUCGCAACCGCGUUUGGCCCGUGUGGGAAUAACAGAGACUAUCUCUUUCUGCUUGAGAAGGCAAUGUCCGAUUUAGGUCAUGAAGAGGACAUGGUGAUCGAGUUGGCAAAUGAAGUGAGAAAGGUUCUGGGAAAUGGAGCUUCCACAGACGGGAAGCCAUUAAAACCAUCUCGAAAGGCAACCACCACCGUGGACGGGAAGCUGCAAAAGAAGGCAGCCUCAGAGAAGAAGAUGCCAAGUCUUCUAUUGGCUUUCUUUUCCAACCACAUCACCAUUGCGGUGUUGUUUGUAGCAGUCUAUAGCUUGACGAUGCCUCUUUCUUGACCACCAUCUGCCUAGCCGGAAACUUGGCUUAGAGAGACAGAGUUACUAACCUACUUUGAGAUAAUUAUGUUGUAGUAACAAAUGUUAUGGGGUUCACCGGUGGCCGGCCUUCCGCGGUUCACACGAAAUUUGAUGUAUUCGCCAUUGACAGUAUGUGACAUGAAUUUGUUGCACCAGAAAAGUUGGAAAGAAAAUAGAUUUUUUCCUUCCCAUUCUUGCAAUUGUUUGCUUCUGCU